UCUUUGCCGAGAUGGUGACGGAUGUCCAUACCAAAACGACGUCCCUACAUACAACAAUAUUUACAGAAACAAACAGUUUCACGGAGAAACCUCCGAUAGGGAUACACUCACCAAGAACUGAUGAACCAAAGAGAAAUGAUGAAACUGAGCCUGCUUCAGGAAGAACUGCAGAGUCAAAUGUAAUAAAUAAUGGGCUUGGAGAAUUAAAUCAACAUCUUGCAAUCUCGAAUCCCAAAGAUGAUAACCUAUUAGGAUUUCUUCCGAAAAAUAACGGACACUUUACAACAUCUACAGAUUCAAAUAUGUUUGGGCUUGGAGAUCGAUUUAAAACUAACGAAGGACGUUUUCCGAUAAAUAACGAACAAUUUACAAAAUCAACGUCGUCAACAAAAGAGAAACUACCACAUCUCAGCACAGAUAAAACUUCGUUUGUCGGUUCAGCACUUGAUCAUAUGACGAAUAAAGUCAAGCAGUCCAGUCGACGUGCUAAGCAAAUGUUUAAUGCGGCUUUUGACUCAUUGAAAAGACUAACACCGAAAGCUAAGUCAUUAUACGACAAAUUUCAAAAAGCUUCAGAUGAGUCGCCCCUGAAGUUAACAGAAUUAACAGAAAACGACGCUACACGUCUUCUCUCCCAGCUUGCAGAUUUAUCAUUAGAGAUGCAGGAAAAACUGACCAGAUUGCAAGAUCUAUCGAGUUUAACAACCGAAGAGUUAAAGGCUUUACCAACAGACAUCAUUCCAGCACUGGCGGGUAGAGUAAUGGAUUAUGUGACAAAUUUAACAGCUAUUCAGCUAGAAGUCCUUUGUGACAAACUGAUGGAACAAAUUUCUCAUCCGAGAAACCUACGUAGAGCUCUGGAUGCUGGAAUCAACUGCUAUGAUAUGCUCGACAAAAUCAACUUCAAGGAAUAUCUCCCUAAAUCGACAGUGAUGAUGAAACAUAUUCGGAAAAGAAUGCCCCCAUCUACAUGGACAAGUCAGAAGUUGGCUGAGGUAGUCCGCUUUCUCGGAAGUGCACUGUCAGAGGACGAUAUUGAAGAAAUUCCGGUAGCAACCAUCAGAAACAGUCUGAGCGAUAUUUCCCGUGCACAUAUUCCCACGAAAUCCGUCAGGUAUAACCUAGUGAAGAAGUUGAUGGGAGAAUACAGUUCGCCGACGAUGUGGCCCGAGGAUUUCCUUGCGAGCAUGGGUCGUCUGCUAGAAGACAUAAGCGUGCAGCAACUUGUGUUGUUGCGGCAUGGCGCGGUUGCCAAUGUAGCACAAACACUGACAGACGCGGGAAUACAGAAGGAUGUAACACGGAUCGCAUUAGUAAAGAACAUGGAACGUGCAUUAAGAGCAGCCCCACGUGGAGAAACGAUAGCCAAGAUAAUACCGUGGCUGAAGACAAAUGUGAACUUUAUGAAAAAUGUAGAUAUAACAGAUCUCCUUCAAGCUUUGUCAACUGUCAGUGUCACAUUCACUGCUGCUGAGUCAAACAUGGUGGCGGAACGUUUAGAAGAGCAACUGACCACUUAUGAAGAAGCUAUGGAUAAGAAUGAAACGGAAUAUCUUGUUGAUGCCAUCGCGAGAUUUGCUGACGGAUUUGAUAUGGCAUACUUAGAAACAUUGGCCGAUGAAGCAUUUCCUAAAAUUUGUAUAAAGAUGUCUCCAGUUAGGUCUAGACCUAAGUCAAGGCUGUUUCUUAGAAAGCUGAAAUCAACACAGAAUACGAAACUGAGAGCACCUGAAAUAGGAACUCUUUUCAAUGGUAUUAAUUUAGAAGACGUAGAUGAAAUGUCUACAGAUGAGAUAAUCGACGCAUUACCUGCUAUUAAAGAUCUACAUCUGCCAAUGUACUUGGAAAGAAAAAUUGCUAAGAAGAUUGCUGCUAAGGUAUUAACGUACAAUGAUGGUGGCACUGAUUGCAGUAACAGCUUUCACCGCCUUGGUAACCUUGCCAAACACGUACGGCCAAAAUUGAUUUCAGAGGCGAUGGUGACGCCUAUUGUCACUUUUUCCAGCGAGUGUGAUCACAGCUAUGAUGACAUAAAAUUUACCAAAGCUCAGGUUUAUGCAAUAGUCGACAACACCAGGAAGGUACUAAAUCCCCUGCAAGUGCAAGCAGACGACGAAAUCUCUGUGUUUUCAUCCUCUGAAAUCAAAAAGUUAGGAAGGCUGGCACGUGGUUUGACAGCAGAUGACAUCGAAGGACUACCACUUGAUACUGAUUUACUCUCCAUUAUUGAAAUCCUGUCCGAGUAUGAAAAUGAUCUUGAUUCCAGUCAGGUAGAAGCAAUAGCGGAUAAGAUCCGUGAAUAUUUCGAUAUUGCCAACAGCAAUGAACUGACAGAGGUGGAUGAUAUCACUGUGUUACAGAUUGGAAGGUUCUUGCAAUACCUUAAUUCUGAUUUCGAGCUAACAAAGUUCCCAAAGCAUCUACGCCCAUUGAUUUCCAGAGAAAUGGGGAAAUCUUCAUUGUUGAAGAUUUCAAACAGAAAAAAACAAGCGCUCUUACAUUUUGCUCUGGAAAAUACGAAGUUGCCGAAUAGUGACGAGCUGACAGAUAUGACACGUGUGUCUGAGAUAGACGAGAAUGUUCUCAUGGAUCUUGGUAACCUGAGAUGUGGACUCACAGUGGAUCUCAUUAAGAAGCUGACUAAAGAAGCAAUGGAAGUUCAUCUCGAAGAUAUUCAGGCGUGUCCACUGAAGGAACGGGAGGCUGAAGCUGUAGUAACGAAGGCUUUGAGCCACAAUAUCAAUAUUCUACAUUAUCGGGAACAGAUGGCAACCAUGGGAGCGUUGUUACUCCACUUGAAAGAAUCUGACAUGGCUAAAAUUAAAGACAACGAGCUCGCCGAAAUUACGGAGUAUGUCGCUAAAUCAACUGAUAACGUUGACGUUACUGUUAGAACCAUCGAAAGAAAUGGUUAUAUAAGAGAAUGGACGGCAUCAGAUAACAUACGUCACGACAGAAAGAGGAAACGUUUAAUUCAACAUACAUAUAAAGCAAUGGCCAAAGCUUUUGGGUCAGGAAAGUGCCAUGAAUUGAUGAGACUAGGUGAGACUGGUAAACAUGUUGCUGACCUGGUUGAUGUCUCGCAGUUAAAAAGAUGUAUAGAUCAUAUAGGGAGCAUAGACUGGGACCCGGACACCGCUAGAAUGUUGCUCGAUAGAAUCUCUGAUUUUCAGAAAUGGGGAACCUUCAAUCAGAGGAAUGUGAAAGAAAACUCCGAUUACCUUUUGGAGAUUGUACCAUCGUUGAUCGUAGGUCUAUCUGAGGACGAGAUUUCCAUGCUAAAUCUGACCAGUCCUGAUGCAAUGGCUGCCUUAGGCGGCGUAGACGGCUUCACAGAACGACAAUUAGAGAGCGGUUUUGAAAACUGGCUAUCUCAGAGGCGUGAUAAAACCAUGUUAUCUGAUGAAGACAUAUCUAACCUGCAGGCAUUUGUAUGUGGUGCUUCACCAGAUUACAUUAACUCCAAUGUAGAAGAAAUGGUUGUCAAAGAUAAUAUGGAUGUUUUGGGAAAGAAUGUUGGAAAAUGUAACCGAGACAAGCUGACUGCCUACGCAAAGAAACUUUCCUCUGUCCUUGGUGAGAGGAGUGGGACUUGGCCGAUACACGAUAUUGUUGACAUGGGAUCUCUUGUUGGAGGUCUUUCAAAUCGAGACCUGGCGUCCUUAACAAAGAGUCAAAUCAGAGUCAUUGAGCCAGAAGUAAUAUCUCUUAUGCCACCGGAGAAAGUUAAGGAUUUCACAGAAGAACAGCUAGGACAUAUGACAGCUAACCAGGUGAAUGCAAUAACCUCAAUGCAAAGGUCAUACAUGAGCCAGGAGCAGAUGGACGCAAUCGGCGUCAUCAAUGACGUCGUUAACGGUAGCGUUUCCAUGGUGCCCUUCAAUUAUACAGUGCUGACAAUUGUUCUCGCCACGCUGAGACAAGUCCUCGUCUUUGUCAUAUUAUAAGAUCAUCACAGAUGCUCUUUUAUUCUAUACUAACAUCGUCAACGGAUAGUUCUGGUCCCCAUAUGCUAUGGAUAUUGACAAUAUCAUUUCAAUGUUCAAAGUCCAAUUCCCCAUUGUCAUCUUCUUAUGCACAAACUGGUCCACUUUGUUCUCGUCAUGUGAUACAUUUUGUAUUAUCAAAUCAGAUAAUUACGGUCUUAAAUUCUUUUUAUUAAACCCAAUCCCUUCUCAUUUUCAGUCUUCAUCUACUAGUAUGUCAGUUUCAAUACAGACAGCGGUGCAUUUAUCUAGUUUCAAUACAGACAGCGGUGCAUUUAUCUUAUUUGGAACAACAGCAUAUGGCGACAUUAUCAUGCGUCUACUUGUAUCGUUAAAACAAAUUUAUUUUUGUCUAUAUCUGCUUUAUAUUGUACCCCAGUUUGGACGUUUACAUACAGAAGUCGUUCACUUGUUUUGUAUGAUUACUUCAAAGAAACAUGACCUCGCUUGAAUUUUUCUUCAGUCACAUCAAUCCAUAAAAGUCCGUAUCUAUGGACUUUUUACCAUUAUCUUCAUUGCAAAGUGUUUUGAUGUUUAAUGAUGUCUGUCAGCUGGAAUGCUUACAUUUUAGCUCAACUAUUCAAAGAAUAGGUAGAGCUAUUGGACCCACCCAUGCGUUGGCGUCUGCGUCCGUCUCGGUGUCGGCAUCCCGAUAUGGUUAAGUUUUUGUAUGUAAGCUAGUAUCUCAGUAACAACUUGAGGGAAUGGAUUGAAACUUCUGACACCUAUUUACAGUGAUAAACUAACUUACACUGCACAGGUUCCAUAACUCUGUUUUGCUUU